CAUGGAGCGGUGCAUGCUGGGAGCCUUUUCCUUCCCGGGGACAGAGGAAGAGCUUUUUUGAAUGUGUGGAAGUGAAAGUAUUUUGGAGUCGUCAGUUUUUUUUUUCUUGGUUAACUCUGAACUUCUGGAUAUAGGGAGAGCCUGCCUCAGUCUUUCAGGCCGGUAAAGGUAAUCGACGCGGCGCGUGCCCUUUUCUGCCCGAGAGCCAGAAGGAGUCAGCUGCGGACCCGAAGAGGAAGCCAAGCAUAGGACAGUGUGGCCGCGGCCGGAUCUUCGGGCCGCUCCCUGAUGUACUAUGCUUUCUUGUGAUAUUUGUGGUGAAACAGUAACCUCAGAACCAGACAUGAAGGCUCACCUUCUAAUUGUUCACAUGGAAAAUGAAGUUAUAUGUCCAUUUUGCAAGUUGUCAGGCAUGAAUUAUGAUGAAAUGUGUUUUCAUAUUGAAACUGCUCAUUUUGAGCAGAAUGAACUCGAAAGAAGCUUUGCCAGGAUCAAUACAAUACAGUAUAGAACUUCAGAUAACAGGAAGGACAACACUUUACAAUGUAGAAUGGAAGUUAAUUCUAGUGUCCAUUCAGCUUGUGCAUCUAAUCAUCCAAAAAUUUCGGCUCAAAGCCUGCCUAAUGAUGGUACUUUAAAACAGAAAGCCUUUUAUUCAGAGAACUUAACUGAAGCUAGAAAGUUCCUCAAAAGUAAGGAAAAAGAGUGUGACCUAUCCAAAAUAAAAGGAUCAAUUUAUGAAACAACGUAUAGUCCUCCAGAAUGUCCCUUCUGUGGAAGAAUAGAAGAUUGUAGUCAAGAUAUGGAAAAUCAUGUGAAAACAAAACAUGCUAAUCUUUUAGACACUCCAUCAGAAGUUCAUGCAUGCAGUCUUUCUACCCCUACUUGGCCACAUAAGAAUGAACCUUGGGCCCAGAAUACUUCCUUAUCAAGAGACCAUGAUCAACCACUGUAUGACUGUCCUAUGUGUGGGCUCAUCUGUACAAAUUACCAUAUUCUCCAGGAACAUGUUGACUUACAUUUGGAAGAAAGCAGCUUUGGACAAGGCAUAGAUAGAGUCCAGUGUUCUAGAGAUCUAGAAUUGGCUCAUCAGCUUCAACAAGAAGAAGACAGAAAGAGGAGAUCUGAAGAAUCACAACAAGAAAUGGGAGAAUUUCAGAAGCUGCAGAGACAAUAUGGUUUAGAUAAUUCUGGAGGAUACAAACAACAGCAACUACGUAAUAUGGAGAUAGAAGUCAACAGGGGAAGAAUGCAUCCAUCUGAAUUUCAUAGAAGAAAAGCUGAUAUGAUGGAAUCACUAGCUAUUGGUAUUGAUGAUGGAAAAACAAAAACUUCUGGAAUUAUUGAAGCACUUUAUAGAUACUAUCAGAAUGCUGCCACAGAGGUGAGGCGUGUGUGGCUUUCUACAGAGGUGGAUCACUUUCAUUCAUCUUUUGGUGACAAAGGUUGGGGUUGUGGUUACAGAAAUUUCCAAAUGCUACUUUCAUCAUUACUGCGAAAUGAUGCUUAUGAUGAUUGCCUGAAAGGUAUGUCAAUUCCUUGCAUUCCAAAAAUCCAGUCUAUGAUUGAAGAUGCAUGGAAGGAAGGUUUUGAUCCUCAGGGUGCCUCUCAACUUAAUAACAGGUUACAGGGAACAAAGGCCUGGAUCGGAGCAUGUGAAGUGUAUACACUUCUGACCUCCCUAAGGGUAAAGUGCCACAUUGUUGAUUUUCAUAAGUCAACUGGCCCUUUGGGUACACAUCCUCGUUUAUUUGAAUGGAUAUUGAACUAUUAUUCUUCAGAGAGAGAAGGGAGUCCAAAAGUAGUGUGUACAUCUAAGCCACCUAUCUAUCUUCAGCAUCAAGGUCAUAGUCGAACAGUUGUUGGAAUUGAAGAGAGAAAAAACCGAACAUUAUGUUUACUAAUAUUUGACCCUGGAUGUCCUUCUCGAGAAAUGCAGAAACUAUUAAAGCAAGACAUGGAGGCUAGCAAUCUCAAGCAACUUCGGAAAUUUGUAGGAAAUUUAAAACAUAAGCAAUACCAGAUAGUGGCAGUAGAGGGUGUUCUUUCUUCAGAGGAGAAAGUUGCCAGGAGACAAGCAUCUCAAGUCUUUACAGCUGAGAAGAUUCCUUGAAGAAUUAAGCAUGUCAGUGACUAUGGAAUUUUACUUUAUUUUCCAAACUGAGAUACUAAACUCCCUAAUACAACUUAUGAGUCUGAAUUCUCUAAAUAUUCAACUUGUAAUUUAAUUUAUAAAAUGUCUAAAUCAUACCUUGAGUACCUCAUUGUUCAGUAAUUAUUUCAAUAAACUAUUUCAUUUGCAU